GGGCUUUUAUUCUGACACGCCGUGCCGGAUGCUGCUUUACCUUAACGCUUGACGCUGAUCCCCGGGCAGAGGAGGGGAAGCUGACCGCUGGAUGAUGGCGCUCACCGGGCUGCUGCUGCUGGAGUUGGCUCUCUGCGCCAGCUGCUUCGUCUGCGGAAUCAUCACCGCUGCGUCCGUCACCAUUGUCCAGGGCAAUUUUGGAGGAUUGUGCAUGCUGUAUGGACUCGUCAGCUACAACACAACGGCGAGCGCCAUCAGGGUGCAGGCGUCCACCUCGGCCUCCCUGUGCUACUUUGUGUCGGCCAUCUCUGUCAUGGUGGCCGUGGUGUGCUUCUCGCUGUCCCUCUACUGGCUCUACUCGUUCUGCAUCGACGGAGACAUCAGGAGAGAGCGCAUAUGGAUGAAUGUGACCGUGGUCAUGUGCGGCAUCUUCCUCUUCUUCCUGCUCAUCACGGGUUGCAUGCUGAAGAUCGGACGCGACAAGCUCUGCGACUCGGUGACGCACGCCGUUCCCAACAUCACCAGCUGCGAAGAGGCCCAGACCAGGAACUGGGUCAGUCCGCUCCGAGGAGAGAGGUUCUUCAGCAGUCUACAAAAGGCAGAAACGGCCGUGUGGGUUAACUUCUUCUUCUGGCUCAUCAUCGGCGUUCUGGUCCUGGUUCAGAGGCGCCAGAGUUCGGGUGCAAAGACGAUUGCCGGAGGACUCGGCGGGCCGGCCGGCGGGCUUUUCGGUGAUCCGGGGGUGACGGCUGCUGAGACGGAGCCCUUUUUCAACCGCGCCGCGAGGCCGCAGUGAGGAAGCACUUACAAUAAACAGGUUUUUUUUGGUUUUUUUAUUGCACAAAGAGCGAUUUUCACUAAAUGAUACAUUUGCAGAAGUUUUACUACUGAUUCCCACAGCCCACGUUAUAUAUGUACAUAUAUACAGUACAGGCCAAAAGUUUGGACACACCUCAUUUCAAUGACUAUUUACCUUGUCGAUUGUCACUGAAGGCAUCAAAACUAUGACACCUGUGAAGUGAAAACCAUUUCAAGCUCAUGGAGAGAAUGCCAAGAGUGUGCAAAGCAGUAAUUAGAGCAAAGGGUGGCUAUUUUGAAGAAACUAGAAUAUAAAACAUGUUUCAGUUUUUUCACCUUUUUUUGUUAAGUAUAUAACUCCACAUGUGUUCAUUCAUAGUUUUGAUGCCUUCAGUGACAAUCUACAAUGUCAUCAAAAUAAAGAAAACACAUUGAAUGAUUAGGUGUGUCCAAACUUGUCCUCUACUGUGUGUAUAAUAUAUUUACACAAAACAAUUUAGUGAGGGCAGUUUAAUAAUAUUGUAUUUAUCUACACACGUUAGGCACACAGUCUUCAUCUGACUGAUGCACAUCAGUAUGUGAAAGAACAUUUGAUCACUUUAAAUAUGAUCGCUUCUAAAAGAACACUUGAUAGAAUUGAUUAAAUGUUGAACUUUGUCGCCCCCUGCUGGUGAAAGCCACACCAGCAGUUAGUUGGUGUGAUUGUUGACAUGGCAGCUUUGACUCUGCUUCUGCUUGUUUUACUCAAGUUGUUAUAAGAAUUUGAGUGCACACAUUUUGUAUGACCUGCACCCAAUUUUAUUUUACACGUUUUUUUUUCCACCUAUCAUCAAACCUUUGUCUAAGAAAUGUAACACUUAAAUGGGAACUGCACGCGUUUUGUAAUUUUGCUUAUAAUUCACAAUCAUCAUGAGAGACAAAGUCACAUACGUCUUUUUUUUUUGUUUUUCUAACUCUUAACUAAACGUAGAUAGAAGUCAGCUUACAAUGGAGCAAAUGGAAGCUAUGACAUUAUUGCGUCUAUUUCGACCAUAACACACAAUAAAUAAGCAUCCAAAAAGCACCAACAAUACUCCAUUUAAAUUUCAUAAUCUGAAUAUUAGCCAAGUAUUAGCAAUAUUGUUAUUAUAAGUGCUAACGUUAAUGACCUACAUUUAGCGGUGCAUUGAUCAGAGGUAACUUCCUUAUGCUGCUGUAUUGACAUCAGCCCCGGAGCUUGUGAAAGUUUAUUCUAGAUUAUAAAUCAUGCCUCUCACCUUGAUAGUCAAAUGAUGUGGACUGAGAAGUUUGUCAACUUUGACAGCCAACUUAGACCCAGAAAUGGCGAAAAAGACCCGGAAAGACGCUUCGUUUCACCCUGCUUUUUUCUUCGCAAGAACUAUGAGUCAUGUAAAUGGGAAUAUAUCAACAUUCUAUCAAUUGGCAUCCUAAUAACCGCAGACAUUGUGCAGUAAGUGAUGUUUAAUUAUGUUUGUUGGCUCUCAUGAAGUCUGCAGUGAGUGAUAAUCAGUGAUGUUGUCGAAAGACAAAGAGCGUUGUGAUGCGUCUAUGAAAUUAAUGCGCCGCGUAUAAUUCAAAUGAGCAAAAUAGGUAAAUAUUACACGUUAUAAAUGUGCCUGUUACUUCAUCACAUAUAAAACGUUGAUGGAAGCAUUUGGAUGUUUUUUCAAGCGCUUUAUAGGCAGAAUAGAGUGACUCUCAUUGUACAGACUUUUGCUUGCAUUUAUUUACUAGUUAGAAUGCAUGGAAAAAGAAAAUGUGUGCUUGUCUCACAUAAGGAUUGUGAAUGACAGGCACAAUUCCAAACAAAAGUGCAGUUCCCCUUUAAAGGCACACUAACAGGAGUCAACACUGAUCACAAUCUGCCAACAUUGGAUGUGUUGUUGUGGCUCCAGUGUUUAGAUUUCAGAUUCACCGCAACAGUGCUAACGUGACUCAAUGUUCACAUUUUAAGUCAGGUUCAAGCUGUUGCACUCACGAGAGUUAAUCUGUUACAUGUUUUUUUUUUUUUGUAUUAGUUUUCAAUGUGAAAUAUAUUUUUUAUUUAAAGCUACUUCACAGUGCAUGUAUUUUAUUUUAUUUUAUUUUUAAUAAACACUGAACCACGAGUAUAACAAA